AAUCUGGAUCGAGGCGGUAGCAACAGGAAGAAGAAGAUAGAGGAAUUCUCUAGGUCUUCUCGGGAGAAACUGGUCCAGUCGAAGAACAAAAUGUUCUCCAAAUUUACGUCCAUUCUUCAGCACGCUGUGGAAGCGCUUGCCCCGUCGCUGCCCUUGCAGGAGGACUUUGUCUAUCACUGGAAGGCCAUUACACAUUAUUACAUUGAGACUUCUGAUGACAAAGCUCCAGUCACAGACACCAACAUCCCAUCCCACCUGGAACAGAUGCUGGACAUCCUGACCCAGGAGGAGGGCGAAAGGGAGUCUGGAGAGACAGGACCCUGCAUGGAGUAUCUCCUACAUCAUAAGAUUCUGGAGACUCUCUACACUUUGGGCAAGGCAGAUUGUCCUCCAGGGAUGAAGCAGCAGGUGCUCACCUUCUACACAAAGCUGCUAGCACACAUUCGUCAACCUCUCCUGCCACACAUCAAUGUCCACAGACCUGUACAGAAACUGAUCCGUCUGUGUGGGGAGGUGCUAGCUGCUCCUACAGAAAACGAAGAGAUUCAGUUCCUUUGUAUAGUGUGUGCCAAACUGAAGCAGGACCCAUACCUUGUUAACUUCUUUCUAGAGAACAAGUCAAAGAAACCUGAGACAAAGAGUCCUGGAGAGACAGAGGCGGUGAAGGAGAAUGUGUCGGCCCCAGACACUGGUCAGUCUACGGCAGAGGAACAGGCCGACCACCCAGAGGAGCCUCAGGCUGCAGCUGCUGCUUCCACCUCUAGUCCAACCAGUAACAACAGCAACAGCAACAAUUACAAUCUUGUCACCUCGCUGCUCAACCUCACAAAGAGCCCUGAUGGCAGGAUAGUAGUAAAGGCAUGUGAGGGCCUGAUGCUGCUGGUCAGUUUACCAGAGCCUGCAGCUGCCAAGUGUUUGACUGAAAACACUGAGCUCUGUGAGCUCCUGACUGACAGGCUGGUGUCCUUCUAUAAAGCCCUGCCACAGUCCAUGGACCCCUUGGACAUUGAGACAGUGGAGUCGGUCAACUGGGGUCUAGACGUUUAUAACCUGAAAGAGGAUGCUGCUGUGUUCACAGGGAAGAGGGCUCUCAUCUCUUUCCUGUCCUGGCUAGAUUACUGUGACCAGCUCAUCAAGGAGGCUCAGAAGUCAGCAGCUGCAGUGAUGGCAAAAGCAGUGAGAGAAAGAUUCUUCGUGUCUGUCAUGGAGCCACAGCUUAUGCAGACGUCGGAGGUAGGCAUCCUGACCUCCACAGCCCUGCUGAACAGGAUCAUCCGGCAGGUGACAUCAGAGGCUCUGCUGCAGGAGAUGAUUUACUUCCUGCUGGGAGAGGAGAGAGAGCCCGAGACUCCAGCCACUAUGGCUCAGAAUCCACUCAGACACAGACUCAUUGAGCACUGUGACCAUCUGUCAGACGAGAUCAGCAUCAUGACACUGCGGCUAUUUGAGCAGCUGAUCCAGAAGCCCAACCAGCACAUCCUGCACAGCUUGGUGCUGCGAAGCCUGGAGGAGAGGAACUACCUGGAGAACAAACCACAGGAGGAGCGUGAGCCCCUGGAGAACGGGCAGCCCCAUGAUGCCGUAGACCUCGAGGAGGACCCACUGUUUGGCGAUGACCUUUCUCCAGACAGCAGGCUGUCUGGUUCUGAUUGGCUCAGCUCCUCUCCACCACAGAGUCCCGACCACUCAAAGCCUGACGGAAAGACAGAGGUCCACAAGAUUGUCAACAGUUUCCUGUGUUUGGUGCCCGAUGAGGCGAAGUCAUCGUAUCAUGUCGAAGGCACAGGCUAUGACACCUACCUCAGAGAUGCACACAGACAGUUCAGGGACUAUUGUGGGGUCUGCCAGCGGUGGGACUGGAGGGGAAAUCCAAAGCCUUUUGAGAAGUGCAACUUGGAGAGUCCAUUUUUCGAGGGCCACUUCCUGAAGGUUCUCUUCGACAGGAUGGGUCGCAUCCUGGAUCAGCCGUAUGAUGUCAACCUGCAGGUGACCGCUGUGCUGUCCAAGCUGUCUUUGUUUCCACAUCCUCACUUGCACGAGUACUUGCUGGACCCUUAUAUCAACCUGGCCCCUGGCUGCAGGUCCCUGUUCUCUGUCAUCGUCAGGGUGGUGGGAGAUCUCAUGUUAAGGAUUCAGCGCAUCCCAGACUUCACACCCAAACUGCUGCUUGUGAGAAAGAGAUUAUUAGGUCUGGAGCCAGAGGGUAUCAACAUCGACCACAUGACUCUGCUGGAGGGGGUGAUCGUGCUGGAGGAAUUCUGCAAAGAGCUGGCGGCCAUCGCCUUCGUCAAAUACCACGCAGCUGCUUCCUCCUCACCGUAAUCAUCUCGCUGUUGAUCCAUCUGCCUCGGCCAGGCAGACAGGUCAGGAUUAAACUGGGCCUUUGGGGGUGUGGUGGUACCGGUGUCACAGGGUCGGCAACACAUUACCACUAACUGCUCAUCCCUGCAAGACUGUUAAUGCCCACACGGACGGGUUCAUCACUCCCCCUCUUCUGGCCUCUCGGGCUCCACUAUCAAAAACUCUGGUCUUGUUUUUUGAGAAGGUCAGAGCACAGACACUGCCCAGCCAGCAGAGGAACAAGAGGAGGAGGAUGAAGGUGCAGAGAGAUGGUCACUGGACGUUUUUCAGCCUCUGCAUUUUCUCU